AUGAAUGAAGUCAUGGAGACGUCUUCGAGUUCCAAUUUUUACGGUCUGGAUCUCGUCACUAGCUCAAAGACAGAACAAGUUACCGUGGAUUCCAAGAAGAAUCUACCCCAACUGGAGCCUGAGAAGAUACAAAAUGUGGAGCAACAGCUCAAAACACGAGUCCUGACUUCUCAACCACCGAAACAAACAAACAAUCAAGCACUGGUCAAUAGUAUUGAUACCCCUUAUUCUCACCAGUUCCAAUCCGUCAACAAGGUCAAAGGACAACAAGCCUAUCCAAUGGACUAUUCCAAUUACUAUUCAAUACAAUCAAGCUAUCCUGCUAUGCAGAAUAUAGAGUUCUUAAAUUCGUCAUCUUCUGUGACUGCAACCAAUGCAGGAUUUCCUGAUUUUCAAUCAAGUUUAACUCUGUUGGCUAGCCCCGUAGCGCAAAAUGUCACUCAAGAGGUUCCCAUUGCAGGGUUGAAGCCACAACAGUAUGCCCCUUCGCAUACUCCAUCAAUCUAUUCAACGCAAAACCCUUACCUGAUUUUUCAACAACAAGAUGUUUAUCCAUCGAGUUUGGGAAACAAAACUCGUAGCACUCAAUAUCAGCAAAAGCAAAAUUAUCCUAUGAGGAACGAACGUCAAAACUAUAACUCACUGCAGGUUCCGUACCAGAGUGAUAAGAUUGGGUUCGAUGGCAAUGAAAGUUGGGCAAACUCGAGGUACAAUCAGCAACUACUACUACUACAGCAGCAGCAGCAGCAGCAGCAACCACAACAACAACAACUGCAACAACUGCAACAACUGCAGCAUUCAUUGAAUCAAGCAUUUUCAAACUCCAGCCCAAUGCUGUAUUCGCAAACUGCCGUGCCCCAGAAUUCUCUUUCCUACAAUUCACCAGCCAUCCUGCUGAACUAUCACCUGGGUUAUGCAGCUCAGAGGCUGUUCCAUCAACCACAGUAUUACCAACAGCAGCAACAACAGCAGCAACAGCAAAUGUCUAAACUGAAGUCGCAACUGGCUUUGACCGCUAGGAACCAACUGGUGUCUUCUACUAUUACAAACAAGUCUCGAAACUCCUCAACUUUUUCAAAUAGCGAAGAGCCUUCAGAAUCAAGGACAACUUCAAUUAGUAGUUGUAUUCCGCAAGACGAGCCAAAACCAAAAUUUGUCAAACCCCUUGUCGCCACUCGUAGCUGGGAGGAAGAAAACACUAAUUGCUAUCAAGUCUGUGCCAAUAGAGUCUUGGUUUCACGUAGAGAGGACAACAAUUACAUCAAUUGCACCAAGUUGUUGAAUGUGACAAAUAUGUCACGGGGCAAGAGGGACGGUAUAUUGAAGACUGAAAAAGUCAAGAAUGUUAUUAAAGUUGGCUCAAUGAAUUUGAAGGGAGUUUGGAUUCCGUUUGAUCGUGCUUUUGAGAUUGCACGCAAUGAAGGUAUCGAUGAACUAUUGCAUCCAUUAUUUGUCAGAAACAUCAAAGAGUAUUUCUUGACUGAAGGAUACAAGCUCAAGAAUGAAAAGGAAUCAAAAGAGCCUGAGCUGCGUAGAAGCAGUGGUUCCAGAUCCAAUCGCAGUCCAUCUGGCGAUGAGCCAAACGGCAAUUACGAAAAGAGCUCAAGUAGCCCUGAGGGCGAACAGGCAACAUCUUUGCCAUCGAAUGGGUCAAAAGAUUAUGACUUUGAGGAGGUGCAGCAUUGA